AUGCCUAUCAUUGAUACUGGCAAAGAUCUGUCGGCUCUCUUCUCGAAACAAGUGAAAGAGACGCCUGAUGCCAUUGCUCUUGAGGACGAGUCAAACACAUACUCGUACGCCGAGCUCGACCAAAUCGUUGAGGCUCUCUCUCAACGUCUCCGCAACUACGGCGUCAGUCGCGACACACUUGUUGGUGUGCUACUUCCUCGCAGUGCCGACUAUGUAAUUGCCUGUUUGGCUUCACUUCGUGCUGGAGGAGCUUUCCUCGUUCUCGAACUCGCAUACCCUCCGGAUCUUUUGGCCGACGUCAUUGACGACGCUAAACCGGCUGUCGUUAUCACCCACAGAUCUGAGGUCGGCAAGAUCCAGGAAGGCGUCCCAGUCCUCACCCUUGACGAAGAAGCACAAGAAAUCAAUGGCGAUCAAAAAGAGCCAGCACCUUUACCAGCUGACGAUGAUCUUGAGCGCCUUGCUUUUGUUGCUUACUCGUCUGGUACCACCGGAAAGCCCAAGGGUAUCGCUAAUCCCCACAGAGCACCUGUACUGUCAUACGGCUUGAGAUUCGCUGUCUCGGACCAGCAGCCUGGCGACCGUGUUGCAUGCAACGUCUUUUUCAUCUGGGAAAUUCUGCGUCCCCUACUGCGUGGAGCCACUGUCGUUGCCGUUCCUGACGAGGUCAGCUAUGACCCUUCCGCCCUUGUUGAGUUGCUUGCGGCCAAGAAAAUCACUGAGACUCUGAUGACUCCAACCCUCCUGGCCACUGUCCUAUCUCGUCACUCUGAUAUCGCUCAGCGUCUCCCUGACCUACGAGUCCUGUGGCUCAAUGGCGAAGUCGUCACUACCGACCUCGCCCGCAACGCCCUCAAAGCUCUGCCCAAAGUGCGUCUACUCAACUGUUACAGUGCUUGUGAAACGCAUGAGAUUGCUUGUGGUAACAUUGGGGAGAUGCUCGAACAUCUCGACGAGGCCGCCCUCUACUGUCCGGUUGGCCCAUCUCUUGACCCCGAGCACACCUAUAUCGUGGAUGAAUCUGGCAACAGAGUUGAGGAUGGUGUUAGUGGAGAGCUCUUCUUUGGUGGAGACCUUUUGGCACGUGGUUACCUCAAUCUACCCGAGACUACCGCUAAAGCGUUCCUGAGAGACGAGUACGACUCGACCGAGGGCGCUCUUAUGUACAGAACUGGAGAUCUGGCACGCCUGCUUCCUUCUGGCCUUCUCGAGAUUACUGGCCGUGUCGGAUCAAUGAUCAAGCUGCGUGGCUAUUCUGUUGUUCCGGCUAAGGUUGAAAAGUCCAUUGUCACUCAUCUCGCUGUCAGCCAGUGUGCAGUCGUUGCUCACGGAGAGGGUCUUGACAGACAAUUAGUGGCCUACGUUGUGCGCGACAAGAAUGAGACCAAGGACCGCAAGUUCCCCGAGAUCCUCGAAUCAGGACACAGCCCUGAAGCUCGCAAAUCACUUUCUGAGGCUCUGGCGCAAUACAUGCUUCCCUCGUUGUGGGUUGUGCUUGAGGAAUUGCCUCUGCACGAGGUUUCUGGAAAGGUCGAUAUGAAGAAGCUGCCAGCGCCUGUUACAACCCCACCGAAUGGCGCCAACGGAACCAAGGCUGCCCAGGCACAGGACCCGAUCGGUGUUAACGAUGUGGCUGAGAUCUGGGCUGCCACCCUGAACAUGCCUCGAAGCAUUAUUUCUUCUUCGAGCAACUUCUUCGACCUUGGUGGCCACUCCCUUUCGCUCGCAAACCUGGCCGCGAAACUUUCAAAGGCUUUCGGCUUCCGUGUUCCCGUCGCUCGUCUUGCAGACCCUCCCACUCUUGCUGGCCACGUUGAAACUGUUCGUGGUGUUAGAGAUGGACAUGCUGCUGCUGUGCAAGCAGAUCUCCCUGCCGUGCUGCGUAAGGAUUCUACUCUUGACAACGAUAUCCAGGCCAACGGAGCCAAGUUUUGCCCCCUGAACAAAGCAAACACUGUGCUUCUAACUGGUGCAACUGGUUUCUUGGGUGCUUUCCUUCUCAACGAUCUUCUGGAGAACACAUCCGCUCAAAUCGUCUGUCUGGUUCGUUUCAAUAACCCCGAAGGUAGCGAUUACUCUGCUGGUAUCGCAAGAUUGAGAAGACAUCUUCUCGAUUUGGGCUUGUGGCGUGAUUCGAUCAUGGAGCGUGUUGAGAUCCUGCCCGGUAACCUUUCCCGUGAGCGCCUCGGCCUCAAUAAGGACCUCUGGAACGACAUGGUCUCAAGAGUCAACGUUAUUGUUCACGCUGGUGCUACUGUCAAUUUGAUCUACCCUUACGCCUCUCUGCGUGGCGCCAACAUUGAGGGUACCAGAGAAAUUCUCCGCCUUGCUUCCCAGAGCGGUGCUACUGUUCAGUAUGUCUCAACUAACGGCGUCUUGCCUCCUUCCAAGCAUGGCUGGCCCGAGUUUGCUAUGCUUGAUGUAGACUCUGUUCAAGACAAACUCCUCGACGGCUACGGUCAAACCAAGUGGGUUGCUGAGCAGCUCGUCCACGAGGCUAGUCGCCGUGGUCUGCCGGUCAAGAUCUUGCGUGCAGGUACUAUCAGUGGUCACAGUUUGACCGGUUCUGCUAACGCCUGGGACUUGGUAUCUGCUCUGAUCGUUGAGUCAAUCCAUCUCGGCUUCCAUCCGGAUGUUGAGGGAUGGCGCGCUGAGAUGACCCCUGUAGACUUCGUUAGCAAGGCCAUCAUCCAUCUUGCCAACCAAUCUCAGGCCAAGCAGCUCGUAUUCCAUCUUGGAGACCCCACUCCUGUCGACAUGACCUCUGUCUUUGCAGACUUGGAGAAACUUGGCUACCCCACAAAACCUCUUGACUGGGAAGAGUGGAUCACUAUGUGGAUCGAGAAGAGAGGAAACGUCAGAGGUGGUGAUGGUAACUUCACUGUCGACAUUCUCCGCAGCGGUAUGCCUAGCGUCGAGUUCCUCAGAGGUAUCGUUGUUCUCAACAAUGAGGCUACAAGACCUUUCCGCUCGGUUGUCGAACGUCCCAAGGUUGAUGCCGUUCUCCUCGAGACAUACACUCGCCAUUGGUUUGCUAGAGGAUGGCUGCCCCGUCCUCCUUCAGGUCUGAGCUCUCUCGGUGGUGCUGCCCACAUGCCUCGCAGAGGACCUCUGAGCGGACGCGUUGCCAUUGUUACUGGUGCUUCAUCCGGCAUUGGUGCUGCUGUCGCUGUUGCCCUCGCAAGAGAAGGUUGCCAUAUUGCUCUUGCUGCUCGCCGCACAGAUGCCCUGGAGGCACUCAAGCGCAGACUCACCGUUCGUGAAGGAAAGGUCAUUGUUCGUCAAACAGAUGUCACAAACCGCCAGCAGGUGGAGGACCUUGUCAAAGCUACCGAAGAGGAACUGGGUCCUGUCGAUAUCCUUGUUUCAUGUGCUGGUGUCAUGUACUUCACCAUGAUGGCCAACGCCAAGGUUGACGAGUGGGAGCGUACCGUCGAUGUCAACUGCAAGGGUCUGUUGAACUGCCUGUCAUCCACCGUACCCGGCAUGCUCGAGCGCGGUGCUGGCCACGUUGUUGCCAUCUCGUCAGAUGCCGGUCGCAAGUGUUUCCCUGGCCUUGGUGUUUACUCAGCUAGUAAAGUCUUCGUCGAAUUUACUUUACAAGCUCUGCGUCUCGAGACUGCAGGCAAGGGUCUCCNNCGCGUCACUGGCGUUCAGCCCGGUAACACCCAGACCGACCUGCUCACCAUGUCAAGCGACAAGGAGGCUGUCGAGAAGUACGGCGAGCCUUCUGGUGCUCAGAUCCUGGACCCCGAAGAUGUCGCCAACUCGAUCGUGUACGCACUCAAGCAACCUGCCCACGUUGCUGUCAACGAGAUCCUGAUCGAACCCCGUGACGAGCCCAUCUAA